UCUCCAUUAUUUUUAGUCUUCACAGGGAGAAUUCAAAAGAAAGCAUGCUUGGAACUAACGUUACCAUCAUCCAUCCAGCAGUGUUCAUCUUACUUGGAAUCCCAGGGCUGGAGCAGUACCACACCUGGCUUUCUAUCCCCUUUUGUCUCAUGUACAUUGCUGCAGUCUUGGGAAAUGGAGCCCUCAUCCUUGUUGUCCUGAGUGAACGCACCCUCCACGAGCCCAUGUAUGUCUUUCUAUCCAUGCUGGCAGGCACGGACAUUCUCCUGUCAACCACCACUGUGCCUAAGGCCUUGGCUAUCUUUUGGUUCCAUGCUGGGGAGAUCCCCUUUGAUGCCUGCAUUGCUCAGAUGUUUUUCAUUCAUGUUGCUUUUGUGGCCGAGUCGGGAAUCCUUCUGGCCAUGGCAUUUGACCGCUAUGUGGCAAUUUGUACUCCUCUGAGAUACUCAGCCGUCUUAACACCUAUGACAAUUGGAAAAAUGACCCUGGCCAUCUGGGGACGGAGCAUUGGAACCAUUUUCCCUAUUGUAUUCCUGCUGAAGAGACUGUCAUACUGCAGGACCAAUGUCAUCCCACACUCAUACUGUGAGCAUAUUGGUGUAGCCAGAUUGGCCUGUGCUGACAUCACUGUCAAUAUCUGGUAUGGCUUCUCAGUGCCAAUGGCUUCAGUUUUGGUAGAUGUUGCACUCAUUGGUAUUUCUUAUACUUUGAUCCUCCAGGCUGUGUUUAGACUUCCUUCUCAGGAUGCCAGGCACAAGGCCCUCAACACCUGUGGUUCUCACAUUGGAGUCAUUCUCCUCUUCUUCAUACCAUCAUUUUUUACUUUUCUUACUCAUCGCUUUGGCAAGAACAUCCCCCACCAUGUGCACAUUCUUCUGGCAAAUCUCUAUGUGUUAGUCCCCCCCAUGCUUAACCCUAUUAUCUAUGGUGCUAAGACCAAGCAAAUUAGGGACAGCAUGACUCACAUGUUAUCUGUUAUGUGGAAGUCUUGAGAGAGGUCACAGUUCACAAAACUGUCUCAGUUUCUUACCAACAGGAGAGAGAGAGAGAGAGAGAGAGAGAGAGAGAGAGAGAGAGAGAGAGAGAGAGAGAGAGAAACUUGCCAGUGAGUUCUUAUGUUCCAGAACCAUGUUAUCUGUUGCAGAAAGCAAAUGAGUACUAGAGUAAAAUAUAUAUGGGUUCAAAUCCUGGUUCUAUUACAUUCUGAUUGUGAGCCAUGGGGAGUUCUAUCUUUUGGCAAUUUAAUUUUAACCUAUAAAAUAAAACCUCUUUGCCUAUGUUCUAAGCUUGUUGUGAAGAUUAAUUUGAAUAUAUAAACCACUUGCCUGGCAUUAUAUAGGUUCUCGAUAGCUGUAAUUCUAACUUGAAGCAUGUUGACUGAAAACGGUAUCAUUUAUUUAUGUGAGAUUUCCAGCAUGUCCAGAGGCCUCUCUUCUCUCUCAUGCUUGCCUGUUCAGACAACACCAUGACCAUCGUCUUCUCCAGCAUCAUGGCUGAUGUCACUACACAACUCCAGUAAAUAUAAAAAUAGGUGAAAAUGUCACAGUGCCUUGAAAUACACCAAUGUGUUUAAGUACAUUAAGGUUGGGAUUGAUCGUAUUUAUAUGUAACGGGAUUUGAUCAUUGUUAUAUAUAAAAGAUCCACUUCUUCAUCUAGCAAGUGGGUCAUGUGAAACAGCAUAGGCACAAUCUUUAGAGUGCUAAGUAUCUGAGUUGAAUGCAUGAACAAAGAGUAAAUACAAUCGGAUCAUACUGGUAAUAUAAAAAUAAACGGUAUCUAACUAAGCAUUUUGAUUCUAGGUCCUUUAGAGUUUUUCUCCCUCAUCAGUUGUCCAGCUUUCAAUCUGACAAAAAUCAAUUGUCUGGCUUUAAAUCGCAUUGACUACGAUGAUUUACAAAUUAAUAAUUCUAGCUUAGUCUUUUCCUUUGAU